AUGCCGUCGCACAUGAACUGUUGUUUUAACAAAUGCACCAACUCGAGUCGGAGCACGCAGAACCUUUCGUUUCACAAGUUCCCGACCAACGAGAGCCUGUGUAAACAAUGGGUCGAACUGUGUCAGAACGACAAAGUCAUCCAGAAGUUUAAGAACCACGGAUCCAGCCAGGUGUCCAAGAGUUUCAGGAUAUGUUCCGAACACUUCAAGCGGGAAGACUAUGUUUUGUGGACGUCGAAAAAAAAGGUAUUGCACAAAGGAUCCAUUCCGACGGGACAGCAGCUAAUAAGUCCGAAAACGACACACUCGAACAUUACCACUUGGAGUGAUAUGAUCACCGAGGAAGAUGAGGCAGUCGCCAACAAUGCAAGCUGGAGUCCACGCGGAACCCCAAAUUUUGAUCUAUCUGGCUCAGUACCUGAGCAGGCUUUAUCGAUCAUUUGGUAA